CUCACAUCCCUUCCUCUUCCAGCAGCCACCUAGAGACGGAGCCGCCCUCAGGGCAGCCAGGGGUCCUGCCACCCCUAAGAUGUGUCCUGGGAACUGGCUCUGGGCCUCCCUGACUUUCAUGGCCCGCUUCUCCCGGAGCAGCUCCAGGUCUCCUGUUCGCACUAGGAGAGCCCUGGAAGAGAUGCCACCCAUUCAACACCCUUUCCUCAACGUCUUCGAGUUGGAGAGGCUCCUGUACACGGGCAAAACGGCUUGUAACCAUGCCGAUGAGGUCUGGCCGGGCCUCUACCUCGGAGACCAGGACAUAGCGAACAACCGGCGGGAGCUCCGCCGCCUGGGGAUCACCCACGUCCUCAACGCCUCGCACAGCCGGUGGCGGGGCCCGCCUGACGCCUACGAGGCACUGGGCAUCCGCUACCUGGGGGUCGAGGCCCAUGACUCGCCGGCCUUCGACAUGAGCACCCACUUCCAGGCGGCCGCAGACUUCAUCCACCGGGCGCUGCGCCAGCCGGGAGGGAGGAUCCUGGUGCACUGUGCUGUGGGAGUGAGCCGGUCCGCCACCCUGGUACUGGCCUACCUCAUGCUGUACCACCACCUCACCCUGGUGGAGGCCAUCAAGAAGGUCAAGGACCACCGAGGCAUCAUCCCCAACCGGGGGUUCCUGAGGCAACUCCUGGCCCUGGACCGCAGGCUGCGGCAGGAAGGACCAUCUCUGUCCUCCCUGUGCGGGCAGAGCUGAGGGUGACGGGGACAUGUGUGUGUCGAGAUGGUGGCGUAGAGACAGACGGUGAAACAGAGAGUGUGAAAAGCUGCAAAAUCAGAGACACCCGCAGACUUGUUACUCCAAGCACAUGAGGAGGAGGUGUUGGGGAGUUGGCACUGUGUCCGUGGCUGCCAAUCGUGGCCAAAAACCGCAGAGGUGCCUGCCCGGGGGGUCUUCCGAUGAUGGCUCGCUUUCUGGAUCCAAGUGUCUCCAGGAAAAAUAAACAUCACGAAUAAAAA